CCUACAGGGCACUGCAAUGGCUUCUUCUUCUUCCUUCAGGGCUACUUCUACACUGUCUCUUCUUCUUCUACUGCUAUUCUUUGUGGGGAGUUCCUCUGCUACACUCUCCACUGACUUUUACUCAAAAUCUUGUCCCAAACUUGAUUCUACAGUGAAAUCUGUUGUUAAAUCUGCUAUAUCCAAAGAGAAGAGAAUGGGUGCUUCUCUGCUUCGUCUCUUCUUCCAUGACUGCUUUGUCAAUGGAUGUGAUGGGUCGAUACUGUUGGAUGACACGUCAUCCUUCACCGGAGAGAAACAUGCAAAUCCAAACCGGAAUUCGGCGAGGGGUUUCGAUGUAAUUGAUGAUAUAAAAACUGCCGUGGAGAAAGUGUGCCCUGGGGUUGUGUCUUGUGCUGAUAUCAUUGCCACUGCUGCCAGAGACUCUGUGGUUACUCUUGGAGGGCCUAGUUGGAAUGUGAAACUUGGUAGAAGAGAUUCUAAAACAGCUAGCCAAUCUGCUGCAAAUAAUGGCAUCCCUCCACCAACUUCAAGCCUAAGCAACCUAAUCUCUAAGUUUAAAGCUGUUGGUCUUUCCACCAAGGAGAUGGUUGUCUUAUCUGGUGCCCACACAAUUGGGCAAGCAAGGUGCACUAGUUUCAGAGCCCACAUAUAUAACGACAGCAACAUAGCCAGUUCCUUUGCCAAGACAAGGCAAGAAAAGUGCCCUAAAACUUCUGGGUCAGGAGACAACAAUUUGGCACCUCUGGAUCUUCAAACCCCUACUUCUUUCGACAACAACUACUUCAAGAAUCUAAUCAAGCAGAAGGGGCUUCUCCACUCUGAUCAAGAGUUAUUAAAUGGUGGAUCCACGGAUUCAAUUGUGAAGUCAUAUAGCAGUAACCCUAGUACUUUCGAAUCAGAUUUCACUUCAGCCAUGAUCAAGAUGGGAGACAUCAGCCCCCUCACUGGCUCCAAUGGACAGAUAAGGAAGAACUGCAGGAAGGUGAACUAAGGGCAUGCAGUCUAUGCUUGAUUGAAUCAAGUUAUUAUCUAAUUAGUCUAGAUUUGAACUUAU